GUUAAACUCUCGCACAGGCAACACGCACUUUCACCGGUGACGAUAUAGCUACCUUGUGGAAGAUAACGUGAUUCAGUGUUAGUGAUUUACCCCCAAGUUCGAGAUAAGAUGCAUCAAACAGUGACGGGAUGGGCGCUGCUGGCGCUAAUAAGUUCAUCAGCCAUUCUUCAUACGUUGGCAUACCCCCAACAUGUCCCCCUUAUAACUCAGGCCACAAGUAGUGUUCGGACACACAAUCCGCAAUAUUACAGCAAUUCUUUACCGGCGCCCCAACCUGAACAAGCGCAAGAACGUAAAUUCGCAGAGAAAUCCAAUGCCUUGAAAAAAGUUGCUUUGGAUGACAUCGAUGAAAUACAGACUAACUCGAUUUCGGAUGGAGGUUUCUCGUGGUCAAAUAUGCUUGGUAUGCUGAUGCAAAUGAUUUUCAAUCCUGGAACCACAGGACCAAACAAGAGCGACAGCAUUGACACCGAUUCAGUGUCUCCAUCGCCAUGGGCCAACUUACUCUCAAUGGGUCUCAAAAUCUUAACUGCAAUUCUUGGAGGAGGAGCCUCCAGCGAUGGUAUUGACAAAGUAGACAACGGCUCAUCACCCAUGCAGGGUAUAUUGGCUGCGGUUCUGUCGACGGUGCUCGGUGCAAAAGAUCCCGACCAGGUCGCCUCCAUGGCAAAGCAGGCUGGAGAGUUCAUCAACAUCGUCGUCAACCUUCUGGAUGCCUUGAAGACUUCAUUCUCUCACAGGUCGCUGGCCGCACGGUCAAUGGGCCGCAAAGAUUCAGUUAGUGAUGCAGCCCUUGCCGGUAUUGCCAUGUUCAAGACAUACGUAAGAUCGUUCGGUACAAAUGACGACAAGUGUCUUCAGAAAUACGUGUGCGAUGCCAACGCUGAGUGCUCUGACGACAUCGGUCCCAAGAGCGUGUUCUGUCAAUUCGGAACAUACGCUGCCAGCUUCGUUUUGGAGAGACAAUCUGCAGGCACUUUCGAUGACUUCUACGAGGCUGGUCGUCGUGGCCGUUCAGGUGUAGACUGUCGCCAGAUGUACCUUCAGUGCAAUGAAGUCUAAAGCCAGUAAAAAGCUCCGCCAAAUUAUGUAGUAGUGCGACUUCUAAAUUAGUGAUAACAAAUCUAUAAGUUAACGUAUUGUUUCCAAAGUUUUACCUCUUGGUUCUGACUUUUUAAAAUCCGUAUUUACAGCAAUAUGAAGAAGUGUCAGAUACAAUUGCAGUCAAAAUGAGAUUUUGUUUUGAUAUCGGUGGGUGGCAUUAAAGUAUUAUAACUACAGACGACGCAACGAAUUAUGUUAGUUUAGUGCUCUAAACUUAUCCCAUCGCACUAAUUGAAACAGCGUCAAGUUUAGUGUUAAAAUAAUUUAUUAAAUUAUUUAUUUAUUUAAUUUAUUUUAGAAGAUAAUGAGUAAACGUUUAAAUUGUUCCACAUUUGUUAUACGGUCCAUUUCGUGAAAACUUAAAAAUGAGUAUUGUAAAAUAUUGUAUAAUUGGCACAUUGUUUAUUGUAUAAACGAUGAAAUAUU